GGCAGCAAGAGUAUCAUUAUCAUCUGCACUCCUCCAUUUUUUUGUGCUGCCAAGCCCUAUCCCUAAUAUAAAACCAUAAGUUUUCUUCAGAGCACUCCAGUACCUUAUCUCUAUUUCCCUACGGAGACAUAAUCGGCUUUGCUCAGAUUCUACUAUUUGUUACUGAUAUCAUAUUUAUUCGGCUGGGAAAAAGACGAUCAGACGCCAUCAAAGCAACGGUCGAAGCAUAAGAUACCGAGAAAUAAACAAAAAUCCCUCAGGACUCGUGAAUAUUCGACCCCGUACUAGUAUCAACUCUACUGGACUAAACAACGUCUAAUCUGGGCUGUCCAAUCUUUAUUUGGUUCAAGAUGAAUGCCCCUGACCGUUAUGAAUCAUUCGUCCUUGCGAAUGGCGAGAACAAGGUUGAGAUGGAGAUUGAUACACGUAUUCCGUCCUCUGCCAUCUUCACUUUCAAUAAGGAAGAUCAUACUCUCGGAAACCUAAUUCGCUCCCGCCUUCUCCAGAGUUCCCAUGUGCUUUUUGCUGCAUACAAGGUUCCUCAUCCGCUUGUUCCAAAGUUCGAACUCCGUGUACAGACCGAUGGUGAGAUCACCCCCAAAGAAGCCGUCAUUGCUGCGUGCCACGAACUAGUUCGAGACCUGGGCAUCUUAUCACGUGAAUUCACCAAGGAAUAUGAACUCCGAAAGAUGGUGGGAGCCACUCAGCAGCAACAGGAUGGUGUACAGGAAGGAGCCUAGGUGAUUGACGAAUCAAUUAAAAUGAGCUGGUUUCGAAACCUUUGCUUCGAUUAUACGCAGCUGGUUAUGCGUGCGCUCGGUUAUGUCUAUUCUCUAUUUCUGUCUUCUUUUCCUCCUUCUUUCAAUUCCUCUAUGUUUGCUCUCUUGGCACCUGUAAUCCACGAAGCUAGCUCUUGGCAUGUUCCUGGGGAUUGAUAUGUUUUAUACAAUCGUGAUAUGGUAUGCGAGGUUGUGGUUUCGUCAGCGGCAAUUGAUCCAGCAUACCAUCAGGAUUGUUGUAUUCGCUCGAUAUUUUAUCGCAUGAUCGACAGAGUAAAAUAA